CCCGAACACUUUGGUUUUGGAUGAUCAAAAUUCAAUUCAAUUUCAUUCAAAGCAACACAGAAAGAAGGGAAAGGAAAGAUGAUAGAGUGACAGACGCUAUCUAUCUAACCCUUUAUUUUGUUUUUUCUAAAUAUUAUUCGAUUAGGAACUUUGUUUGUUUGUUUUUGUAGAUCUCCAAUUCCGCCAUUCUUGUAUCGAUUUACUGCUGGGUGUCAACUUUUGCCUAAUAUUUGUCGGUUAGGGUUUCGGCUUCUUUAAUGGAGCCGCGUGUUGGUAACAAGUUCAGGCUCGGCCGAAAGAUCGGCAGCGGCUCCUUUGGAGAGAUCUAUCUAGGUACGAAUAUCCAGACUAAUGAAGAAGUCGCCAUUAAGCUCGAAAACGUCAAAACAAAGCAUCCUCAGUUGCUAUAUGAAUCGAAGUUAUACAGAAUCCUGCAGGGAGGAACUGGUAUUCCAAAUGUGAGGUGGUUUGGGGUUGAGGGAGACUAUAAUGUUCUGGUGAUGGAUUUGCUUGGACCUAGUCUUGAAGAUCUCUUUAACUUCUGCAGUCGGAAACUCUCUUUGAAGUCAGUUCUUAUGCUCGCUGAUCAGAUGAUCAACCGUGUCGAGUUUGUUCACUCGAAAUCAUUUCUUCAUCGAGAUAUCAAGCCAGACAACUUUCUUAUGGGCUUGGGAAGGCGUGCAAAUCAGGUAUACAUCAUUGACUUUGGUUUGGCAAAGAAAUACAGAGAUAGUUCAACCCAUCAACACAUUCCUUACAGGGAAAAUAAAAAUUUGACUGGAACUGCUAGAUAUGCAAGCAUGAACACUCACCUGGGCAUUGAGCAAAGCCGGAGGGAUGAUCUAGAAUCUCUUGGUUAUGUCCUUAUGUACUUCCUGAGAGGAAGCCUUCCUUGGCAGGGACUAAAAGCUGGAACUAAGAAACAAAAGUAUGAGAAAAUUAGUGAAAAAAAGGUUUCUACUUCGAUUGAGGCACUGUCUCGGGGUUAUCCAACUGAAUUUGCCUCUUACUUUCAUUACUGCCGUUCACUUCGAUUUGAUGAUAAGCCAGAUUAUGCUUAUUUGAAGAGAAUAUUCCGCGACCUCUUUAUUCGUGAGGGCUUCCAGUUUGAUUAUGUCUUUGACUGGACAAUAUUGAAGUAUCAGCAAUCACAGCUGGCUAAUCCUCCAACUCGAGGCCUUGGCCUUGGUGCUGGAACCAGUUCUGGAAUGCCGCCUCCUAUUGUCAGUGCGGAUAGACAAACAGGUGGAGAAGAAGCGCGAGCAGCUGGCCAAACAAUGGAAUCCUCUCGCCGGAGGCUAUCAGGACAGAUCAUAAAUGCUGGAAGUUCUUCAAAGCAGAAAAGUCUAGUUGCUAACGAAUCUCCAAUUACAAAGGAUGCCAUGUUACCCAACUCCACUUUUUUGGGCCGAUCAAGUGGAUCCUCAAGGCGAGCUGCAGCUGUUUCCAGCAGCCGUGAUGUAUUUGUUGGAAGCGAGUCUGAUCCCCAACGGUCUUGCACAACCGAGGCUAGCCCUGGAGCAAUACAUAAAAUUUCUAGCGGGCAAAGAAGUCCUCCUCUUGGAUCUUCAGACCCAAGGCGCACUUCAUCAAGUAGAAACACCUCUCACAUGAAGACAUAUGAGACCACCCUUAAAGGAUUUGAGAGUCUGAAUUUUGACAGUGAUGAGAAGGCUCAUCAUUAGGAGCUCAGCACUGUGCAUUGUUGUAAAUCAUGAAUGUACUGGUGUGCUGUUACACUCGAAGCAGGGUUGUUUUUUCUCAUUGAGCUGAGAAGAGUUUGGAAGUAGUGGCUCCGAGCCUGGAUGAACUUUAGAUUUCAAUGUAUGCAGUAAAAGUGUCAGCUGAUUAAAUGGAAACAGACAGGCCGGAGAAGCUGAAUUCAAUUGCAGCAAAAAGCUUGGUCCACAACUGCUCUGGGUGUAUUCAAUCAGAUGUACUUAUUCAAAUCUCUCCACUACCUUGACCCAUAUUCCUCCCCUCUUGUUCAUCUAUAAAUUGGAUUUUUUUUCUUAAUGUUUCUUUGACCCAGAUUUAAAACUUGAGGGCAGUGAAAAAUGGCCACUGUAUUCUUGUUCAGCUCUCAAGAUUUUAGAACCACUCAAGGCUCAGGCUUGGGGUUCAAAUAUAUUCCUGGAGUGCUAUGUUGUA